AUUUCAAGAUAUCAGAUUCAGAUUCAGAUAUUAAUUUCAAGAUAUCAGAUUCACAUAUACUAUAGUAAACACUAAACAACAAUUAAACAUCAAUUCACUUCCUAGUAUUGAUGGAGAACCAAAAUUAUGUAGCGCUUAUAGUUGGAGUCACAGGUAUGGUUGGGCUUAACAUAGCCCAAUCCUUGAAGAAGCCCGACUGCAAGGGAGGCCCAUGGAAGGUUUACGGAGCAGCCCGCCGCCCCCCGCCCGCCACCUGGUUUCCUGCUUCCAUCGUGGAUGAUUUCAUCAGCUUCGACGCCGUCGAUGCCGCCACCACACAAGCCAGCCUCUCCCCCAUAGCCCACGAGGUCACACACCUCUUCUGGGUGGCUCUUCACUUUCAGGAAGACGAAGAAGCCAACAUUGCCACCAACAAAGCCAUGCUCCACAACGUUCUCACCACACUCAAAUCUUCCCCUUCUUCCCGCCUCACCCACGUAACCCUCCAAACCGGGACAAAACACUACAUGGGCCCAAUUUUUGACCCGGCCCGGUCCACUCAACUCUUGAGCCAUGAUCCCCCGUUUCACGAGGACAUGCCCCGGCUACCAUACCCGAACUUCUACUACGCUCAGGAGGAUCUCCUUGCGUCCCACGCGCCUUCUCUGACGUACUCCGUUCACCGCUCCUCCAUCAUAAUCGGCGCGUCUUCAAGGAGUGCAAUCAACACGCUGGUUAUGCUUGGGGCUUAUGCCGCGGUUUGCCGCCACCUUAGGUUGCCGUUUCGUUACCCGGGAACACGGUACACGUGGGACCAUUUUUGCGACAUGACAGACUCGGAGGUGUUAGCGCAGCAGCACGUGUGGGCAGCGGUUACGGACAAGGCCAAGAAUCAAGCGUUCAAUUGCACGAAUGAUGACUUGUUUACGUGGAAGAGAAUGUGGAAACUGCUGAGUGAGGUGUUUGAUGUUGAGUUUGUUGGGUUUGAUGAGAAUGAUGAAGAUAGGGUUGAUUUGGUGGAGUUUAUGAGAGACAAAGACGAGAUUUGGGAUGAGAUUGUGGAAAAGUAUGGACUUGUGAAGACUAAGCUAAAGGAGUUUGCAUAUUAUGAAGUCUUGAAAGUCGUCUUACAUUUUGACUUUCAACUUGUGUCUAGCAUGAAUAAGAGUAAGGAAUAUGGUUUCUUUGGCCACGCCAACUCCUUCAAAAGGGUCACAUUCUGGGUUCACAAACUGCGUUUCAUGAAGAUCAUACCCUAGCUAUAGUAAUAUAGAUAUCUUAUUAUUCUAUUGUUAUGGUGAAAAUAAAGUGCAACAAGCUAGGGGAUUCCCUUUAUUCCAGCAAUUAAAAUACAACUAUGUGAUGAACUUUAAUCAA